AUGAGUUUUCCCAACGUUCGUCGUGUCUCAACAACGAAUGUCCGACCAGCCAGUUACACAGAUAGAGAUGAAUCUGAUGAUAGUCAUAAACGUAUCGAUUUGAAUCCAUGGGAUCUCACACAUCUAAGACAACUAUACAUGCAAAGGGGUCUUCUCUUCAAAAAAUCGCAACAAGCAGAAGAAGAAACAUCGAAAGAAUCCAUCGAUAACAUAAUAAGUCGCCUUAAAACUUCUUUGUCAUUUACACUUGAUUAUUUCUUUCCUCUAGCUGGUCGUCUUGGUAUCGAAAAACAUGAAGAUGAUGGCACCGUCUCCUUCUACAUCGACUGCAACUUUGAGGGUGUAGAGUUCAUCCAUGUGACUGCAGAGAUAUCGGCAGAGGAUAUUCUCUCCCCAACCUACACUCCUCAAAGCCUAAUUAAUUCAUUGUUCUCCCUCAAUGAGGUAAAGAGCUACGAGGGUAGUACACAUCCUUUACUUUCUAUUCAAAUAAAUGAAUUACGUGAUGGCUCCAUAUACCUAGCGUGCAGUCUAAACCAUUUGGUCUCCGACGGUACAUCAUUUUGGCAUUUCAUUAAUUCAUGGUUUGAAAUGUCAAGAUCAUCGUCUGGUGGUUGUCACAGUCCAAGUCGUCCUCCAGUGUUCGAGCGUUGGUUUCUCAAUGAUGAAGAUUCCCCUAUCCGUCUUUCCUUCACUUCCGAAGAUGAAAUUCUCCUGGGAGUGAAAAAAUCCAGUCCACCUCCACAUGGUAUUGUGGAGAAGUGUUUCCGUUUUACCAAAACGAACAUUGCAAAACUGAAGGCGACUGCCAAUUCAGAAAUAAUAUCCGGAACAAAACAAAAUGCGGCAAUAUCUUCGUUGCAAGCGGUACUAGCUCAUGUUUGGAUAGCGGUAACCAAAGCUAGAAUGGGUUUAGAUUGUAAUUCUACCGAAUCCAUUUCGUUUGGGUUAAUGAUGGAUGACGGUAGCAAGUUGAUUCCUCCCUUGUCAGAAGCCUAUUUUGGCAACUCAGUAUCCUCUAGGAAAGUAAUCGCGAAGGGCGAUGAGGUGCUCAAAAAAGGAUUUGUGUUCUUAGCUUUGCAAUUGAACCAAGUGAUUAACUCCCAGAGUGAUGAAAAUAUUAGAAGCUCUUACAUGUCGUGGAUAGAGAAACCAUUUAUCGUUGGUUCCGGAGUCGGUACAGGAAUUAUCAGCAGCAGGUUUUUGGCCAGGAGUUCUCACAGGUUCAAUAUGUAUGGAAACGAUUUCGGUUGGGGACGACCUAUUGCCGUAAAAACUGGGAUGUCUGGAAAAUCCACUGAUGGGGGAACAACUGUGAAUCCAGGACCACUUGAAGGAAGUAUUGACAUUGAAAUCUGCCUUCCAAUAGAGGUUUUUCAGGCCCUGGAGAAUGAUACCGAAUUUAUGGAAGCCUUCUCAUCUUAA